CUUUGACUGAUUGGCCAGUCCAUCGGUCUUAGUAAAGUAAAAGUACUCUUACUCUGGGACUUACCGCCCAGCAGAUCCUCUAUUGAGCUAACUACAGGAAAGGUCCUCACCGGCCUUUUCGCACAGUUCCGUCUGCAGCAUUCCCGUCUCCUGUGCGAGCUUGAGAUGCUUCAGAAUUUGGAUCUUUCUCCGUAUCCUCCCCUCCCCCUUGCUCUUGACCACGAUGCGUGUGGCUCUCCCCUGCAUCUGCCUGUCCCUUUGCGCUCUCUUCUCACCUGGAGGCUGUGGCGCCUCCCCCACCGACCUUGCUGGAACAGCUGGACAGGGCCUGCAUCGCAAGAGGUCACUGCAGGUAAGGGAGAUCUGGCACAUCACAUGGAACAACCGUGUGCCGUAAUGAAUGCUCCCUCCCAUCAGGUUGAGUCCGAUGAGAAGCCAACCGUUGUCGUCAUUGCGACAGGAGGUGGGUGACCUUUUCAGAAAUCAAGCCGUCCACACCACACAUGCACGGCACAUGGAUGCACUGCAGGGACCAUUGCGGGAGGGGGAUCUGGUGCGACGGACCAGUUUUACACAUCCGGUCAGUGCAGUGAGCGAUAGCGUUGCGUCAUCCCAUCCAUGGCAGUGUUUCCCUCAUACAUCUCUGUUGUGUAUCUGCUUGUGAGCAGGUGUAGCGACUGUCGACGCACUCAUAGCGGCCGUACCUCAGGCGCUAGAGCUGGUUAAUGUGGAGGGCGUGCAGGCCACCCAGCUGGGCUCUCAGUGGAUCAACGACACCUCCAUGCUCAUCAUCUACGAGGCUGUCAAGGCAGCAGUCGACCGAGAAAAUGUCACGGGAGUCGUCAUCACACACGGUACGGUGAGGGAGGGACCAAGGCGAUGGAUGGGAUGCUCGUGGCGGACGCUGUAUACAGACAGUGUGUGUGCGUGUGUGUCUGUGUGCAGGUACGGACACUCUCGAGGAGACGGCGUACACGCUGAAUCUGGCGGUCAACACGAGAAAGCCGAUAGUGGUGGUGGGGUCAAUGAGGUCGCCCACCCAGCUGGGAGCCGACGGAGAGCUGAACUUCUACAAUGCCAUCGCCGUGGCGAGCAGUCCAGAGGCCGUCGGAAGGGGUGUGCUUGUUGUUCUCAAUGACCAGGUCAGGUAGAGACACAUCGGCUACGUGUGAAUGGGUACUUGCCACUCACCGGCCGCCUAUCUGCGUUUUGUGUUGCAGAUUCACUCUGGUCGGGAGGCGACCAAGAGCAACACAGUUACAGCACAGACCUUCGAGAGCCCCAUGAACAGCUUCAUCGGUGCGUGCGGUGCCUGCCUGCGACACAAGACAAGACAAGACACACACGUGUGUGUGUGCGUAUGUGUAUGUGUCUGUACACAUAUGAUGUGUCGAUCCUGCCAGGCACUGUGUUCUUCGGCAACAUUCAUUUCUUCCACGACGCCGGCUCAUCCGUCUACAAGCACACCAACGCCAGCGACUUGGCCGGUGUGUUGGACGGCAAGACGGCCGACGAGCUGCCCCUGGUGGUCAUUCUGUACGCACAUCAGAACGUCAAGGUAGGUGGGAGAAGAGCAGUGACCCAACCAACCCGCAAGGACACUCGAGAUCCUCUUGUGCUCGUUGAUAUGAGGCUCUCAGGGUUUCCUCGUCGAUGCAGCCGUGGAGAAUGGCGCCAAAGGCAUUGUAAGCCGCAGACACACACACACUCCUUUAUCUUUUCCCUCACGUGUGUCUCUGUGUGCAGGUGGUCGCUGGCGUCGGCAAUGGCAAUAUGUCGAAGGAGAUGGAGGCCGCCCUGCUUGAGGCCUCCAAGGCGGGCGUCGUCAUCGUACGCGCCACCCGCACUGGAUCGGGAGCCGUCAACCGGCCUGGUGAGGACGCCAUCGACGAGACGCUCGACUCGGUGGCGGCCGAGACGCUGUCCAUGCCGCAAGACGCGCGCAUUCUGCUCAAGCUGGCGCUGAUCCUGACGGACGAUCGCGAGCAGAUUCAAGAGUGGUUCAAUGAGUACUGAACUGAGGGGAGGGGAGGCAGCUGGGAGUGGAGUGAUGGGUGCGAACAUGUUUAUGCGAGCGAGGUCCGUAUUAGGACGGAUCCAUACACAUAACAUAUACAUGGCAGUUUGUUUAAUGCUCAUAUAUAAUUAUACCCCCAUUCGUCGUGUCGCUCCCACCUGGCCCAGGUCUUUUUCCCUGGCUUCGUGAUGACGACGUGACGUGACGGGGAUGGUAUGCGUAUAUACUCACGGACGUAAUGAUGGGCUGGAUUGAGUUGCCUCACCCCAAGCCGUGUUUCUCGUCGCUUCCUGCUUUCUGCUUUGUGGCUCUUGCACGCAGGACUUUUUUCCUGCCAGGCUGUGACGUGAGAGAGAUUUGCAUGAGUGAGUCGUGGAAGCACACGUGACGUGUGCGGUGGGUAGCUGGGGGCGAGUGUGUGAGUGGCCAUGAUUCGCUCACGGAAUUCCGUUUGCUGUGGAUAUGUGCGUGUUCGAGUGAGUGGUGAGGAGUAUAUUAUGUGGUUGGUCGCUUGGUGUGGCUUGAGAGCUGAAUGAAUGUGUGAAGGAUCUAAGUCGGGGUGGGGGGACAAAUCAAUGGAUGGACGGCACACAAACGAGAAAGAUGGAUGGAGGGAACAGGUGGUCGGGGAGGCAGGUUUUGAUCGACGCAUCGGUGUGCAAGCCUCGUUGCCGCUGCCUCUCUGCCGCCCUCUUGACGCUCGUCUCUUCUGCAAUGCAGACACCCUUGACCUGCAUUGCAUGUGUACACAUGUGUCUGCAUUGCAUUGCAUGCGUUGCAUGUUUGCAUCAAAGUGUAGACUUAAUUGCAUCUCGUUACCACUGAACGAAUGGAAUGGAAUCA